AUGCAGUUUGUACGCAAGGCUGAAGAGGCCAUAACUGGCAAGAAGGGCGAGUCUCACGAAUCGACGAAGUCCUCCAACCAUGGACCUCACUCUUCCAACUUGGCCAACAAGCUUGACCCCCGUGUCGAUAGUGAUAAAGACAACCGUGCUGCUCACACCGAUGCGACUGGUGCUGGUCUUGGAACCUCCCGGGACACCACAACUGCUACAGGCACUCACGGCACUCACGGCACUCACGGCACUACCUACGGCGCUACUCAAGGUUCUGGCACUACACACGGCACCUCAGAUGUGACUGGCACCGGCGCUGGUCUUGGAUCUACCCACGGCACUACUGGUAGCACCAAUGUCGGUCCGCACAGUUCCAAUAUCGCCAACAAGGCCGAUCCCCGCGUCGACUCUGACCGUGACAACCGUGCUCGCCACGAGGGUCUCACCGGUGCUGGCCUUGGAUCUACUCAUGGCACUACCCAUGGCACCUCUGGUGUAACUGGUACUGGCGCUGGUCUCGGGUCUACCCACGGCACUACUGGUAGCACCAAUGUCGGCCCCCACAGUUCCAACAUCGCCAACAAGGCCGAUCCCCGCGUCGACUCUGACCGUGACAACCGUGCUCGCCACGAGGGUCUCACCGGUGCUGGCCUUGGAUCUGCUCAUGGCACUACCCAUGGUACCUCUGGUUUGACUGGCACUGGCGCCGGCCUUGGUUCUACUCACGACACCACUGCCACAGGCACUCACGGCUCAGCCUUCGGCUCUGGAACCGGUGUUCCUCGUAGCGCUCCCAUUGCUACCCCCGGAAGCAGCAGCACCAAUGCUGGACCUCACAGCUCUAACAUCGCCAACAAGCUUGAUCCCCGCGUUGACUCGGAUCGUGACACCCGUCCUCAGCAGCAAUCUACCCUUGGUAGUACUGGCACUGGUACUACUACCCACGGUUCCCACACUCGCGGUGCUACUGUUGGCUCGGCGAUUGGUGGCUCUGGUCUUGGUACUGCUAGCCAUCACGAUGCUCCUGCUGGUAGUAGCUACAAUACUCCUCCUGCUGGAACUACCACCGGUACUACCGGUCCUCAUAGUUCAAGCAUCGCCAACAAGCUUGAUCCCCGUGUCGACUCGGAUGCUGCCCGUGCUCAGAAUGAGGGUCUUCACCGUCAGAUCUAG